AAUUUAAUAAAUUACUACUUACAGCUAUCGAUGCCUUGAAGUUGACUUUUUUUUCCAUAUUAUCCAGUUCACUCACUCAAUAGGUACUUGAAUUUCAAAUUAUUCGAAUCGACUCAAAUUAAUAAAUAUCUUAAGAAUUUCUAGUUUUAAUUACCUAGCAAUCUAAUUUAAAAAAUUUACUUUCUUUAUACUUAAGGGCAGACUGACAGAAAACUUUUCACUUAGAGGAGAAUAUAAUCAUUAGAAACUAGAGACAAAUCACAGAAAUAUUUAUAAAGAUAAUAAUCGAAACUUGUAAACUUUUUUGCAACUUUCUCAAUAUGUAAUUGCAGAACAAUUAACAAUAAAUUCUUUAUUCGAUUAAUCCCUUAUUUAUUAUGUCGAGGUAUAAAAAUCCUAUUAUAGUCCUCAAUUAGAUCAUCCAGUAGAAAUGUGUGACAUUUUUGAAAGUCGUUACUUUUCAGUGAUUAAAUUUUUUUUAACAUGCCUUGGACAAUGGCCCUUCGACAAUCGAAGGCGAAAUCGUGUUAUUCAAAUUUUUGUGUUUUGUAACGUUUUUGGCUUUUUUAUUGCUGUGUCAUCUUAUAUGAUUUAUGUAUGGGGAGAUGUGGUUAAGAUGGUAGAAUGUCUUCAAAUAAUGUUCAUAUGUAUCGAUGCUUUGGGAUUUACCAUCGUUUUCCAUGUCAGUCGAAAGAAGUUUAGAAAAAUUUUUUAUAAAAUCAAAUCAAAUUGGAAAAUUUGGUCUUCUGAUGAGGAAAAAGUAAUUAUGUUCAAGUACGCAAACGAUGGAAGACUUCUUACCAAUCUUUGUACUGUAAUUAUGAUGGCCCUGGUACUUGUAGUUCUAAUACCGCCAUUAGUUCCACCAUUUCUUGAUAUUAUUCUACCUCAAAAUGAAUCACGAUAUAAAGAUGUGCCAUUUCCAAUUUAUUAUUUCGCUGAAUAUUACGAGGAACAUUUCUAUUGGAUUUAUGCUUGUGUCUCCUUAAAUUUUCUACUGCAAAUGUUUUUUUUAAUUACUUGUUUAUCUCUUUUGGCGGUAACGAUUCAACAUGCCUGUGGAUUAUUUUCAAUAAUUAGUUUGCAUUUAAGGAAAAUAGAUACCCAUGGUUCUGAAGAGGAAAACUUGAAGGCUGUAAUUUUUUGCAUCAAACAACAUAAUCAAACUAUUGAAUACUGCAACGACGUCGAAUCUUUUUUCAGUCCCUGUCUAUUCUUUGUGGUAAUAGUGAAUUGUAUCUUCUUGUCCUUUUCCCUAAUUCAGGUAGUCUUUAAUCUUAGUGAUAUGAAAAUGAUCAUAAAGCCUGUAAUCUAUAUGUCAGGGGCUUUAGUGAAUCUUCUACUUCACAGUGUUGCUGCACAACGAUUAUUGGACCACAGCAGUGGUCUAGGAGACAAUGUGUACAAUGUUUCUUGGGAUGAAAUGUCAGUGGCGGUAAGAAAACCAUUGCUCCUUAUGAUGAUGAGAAGCAAUCAUCCUUGCAAAAUAACAGCUGGCAAAAUUAUGGAAAUAUCAUUUCGAUUUGCAUCAGCGGCUCUACGCGCUUCAUUCUCGUAUUUUACUCUGCUAUCAUCAACGACACCGUAGAGGGAAACAAAUAUAUUUUAUCUCAAAGAAAAAAGAAGAUUCCUAAAUAAUGAAUUGAAAAUAAGUUUUAGAAAAAAAUCUAAGUGCAUACAGACACAUUAGAAUCAAUGUUAUACUUUUGUAAAAAUAUCAUUAAAAAUCUCUCUUAUUCAGAA